AUGGAUCAUAUCUUCACAGAUUUAUCUAUAUGGGAUAUCUUCCGAACUCAAGUACCUUUUCUUAUAUUACACGAUGCAAAACGUGCCAAUGAUAUUGCCCAUUCUAUUAUGCUUAUAGUUGAACAAGGUGGUUAUUUACCUAAAUGGCCUCUUGCUAAUGGACAUACGAAUUGUAUGAUUGGUUCUCAUGCUGAUAUUAUACUGAGUGAUUUAAUUAUGAAACGUGAACAUGAUUCUCAUCUUAAUAUGACUCAAGUGCUCGAAGCAUUACGAAUCGUAGCUAAUACCGAGCAAAUACAUGAUAGUCGAUUUGAUCCACCUACAUACAUCAAAUAUGGAUAUGUACCUUUUGAUAUGGAUGAAUAUUCGGCAUCACUUACGUUGAGUUACGCUUACGGUGACUGGGCUACCGGUAAUGUUAUGUAUGCUGCGGGUCUCAUAGACGAAGUACAAGAAUAUUAUAGUCGAUCUCAAUGGUUUGAACAUAUAUUUGAUAAUAAUACAAAAUUCUUCUGCCCAAGAAACAGUACUGGUGACAUUCUUUGCCCAGCAACCGAAAUUGAACAUUUGAUUCCUUUCGAUUAUCGUUAUACAGAAGGUGAUGCAUGGCACUAUCGUUUCUUUGUACCACAUAAUACAUCACGUUUGGUCGAUCUAUUUGGUGGUGCAAAAUAUUUUACUGAAGAACUUGAUACAUUUUUUGUUCGUAGUCGAGACUGGCCGACAAUAACAAUACCCAAUCCAUAUUAUUGGGCAGGAAAUGAACAUAAUUUAUUUUCUGUUUGGCAAUUUCACUAUGCAAAUCGAUCGGAUCUCACUCAGCUACAUGCACGUUGGCUGCUCGAUAAUGUUUACACAGUGAAACGUGAUGGGAUACCGGGCAAUGAUGAUUAUGGUACAAUGUCAACAUGGUACAUUUUUACUAGUUUAGGUUUCUAUCCAUUAUCUGGCUCAUCGACAUAUCUAAUCGGUAGUCCUGCAUUUGAUCGUAUUACAAUUCGCCGCAAUAACGGUCAAUGCAUACUUACAAUAAUCGUUCACGAUAACGCACAGAAAAAUACAUAUGUUGAACGUGUUCUACUCAAUGGUGAAAUCCUAUCAACAUAUCCAUUUAUAGAUCAUAUCAAUCAGCUUCGAUGUUCUACUGAUUCAUCAGCUGUACAAGUAGAUUUUUUCAUGUCAUCUACACCAACAUUCAAUUAUCAUUGA